UAAAAAAUUAUAAAAAGCCAAUAAACGCUCUCUCGUUACUAACCUGCCUGUGCUUUGAAACCACAACUUUGAAGUACCAUUGGCAAUAAAGUAUGAAGUAUUUUUACAUCGAAACGAUUGCAUUGCUGACUUCAUUGGUAACUCUUUCAAAAGUUAUUCAAUGGUUCACUCGAGAACCUCCAAGUAAUCUCUACGUGUCCGUUGGAGGUACAGCGAGACUUGAGUGGGAUUACAAUGUCAGAAAUAGAACUGCACUGUUCGAUCCAUAUUCACCAGAGUGGGCUCUKUAUGAUACAAGUGGAGGAAGAAUAGUUAUCGGCGUCGAGGAUGGUUACAAUGGAUGGAAGUUCAUUAUAAACAAAAAAUGUCCCCCAAAACUGCGUGGUCGACUCAGUAUAGAGUCAACUGCUAUUCUUGUCAUCUAUAAUGUCACCAAAGUUGAUGAACGGCUAUAUGAAUGCAGUCUGCUGUUAUUAGUGGGAUCACCAAUGAAAAGUAAAGUACAACUUGUUGUUACAGAACGUCCCCGCUUUACUACUCCUGUCAAUAUAUCUACGCCUAUCAAUGAGGGAUCAAGUCUGUGCAUCCGAUGUUCAGCAGCUGCAGAUCCUAUGCCCAACAUAACGUGGGUACGAAUUAUAAAGAACCCAAAAAUUAUCAGUAAAGGAGUUGGUGAAGCAUUUCUCAGAUUCAUCAACAUCACGAGACACCAACGUGGGACGUAUGAGUGUCAGGCAACGAAUAAUCCAAACGAGAAUCAAGUUACAACGAGGACCAAAAUCUCAGAAAAAUACCCUGUAGAACCAGCGAAUGUCUUCGUUUCAGACAUCAAAGCAACUUCUGCAGUGAUCAAUUGGGACAGUCCCGUUGAUGAUGGAGGGAGCCCAGUCAUAGAGUAUAAAGUACAAAUCAACACAAUUCCACCCAGAGAGGUUAUCACCGAAACUACGUAUUGCGUAACAAAGGAUCUUAAUGAGAAUACGACAUAUGGUGUGAAGGUGUAUGCACGAAACGCAGUUGGGUAUGGGAAGGCAGUGCGCACUGAGUUUACAACUAAAGAACCAAAAAGGAAAGGGUGGCCAAUAUCAACUGCAAUAGAAAAAAGAAAUUUUGCAAUUUCCCACCUGUCGAUAACGUGUGCUUUAGUGAUAGUAAUUGUCGUCCUCAUAACCUAUAUUUACAUCAAAUUUAAAAGAAACUUUU